AUGUUUUUUUUUCUUAUUUUUCUUUUAUUCUUUGCUUUUUUCCAGUUUUCUUUUGGCUCUCUUUCUUUCUUUGUUAUUUUCUUUCCUAUUUUUCUAUUCCUUUGUUGUCUUUCUUUCUUUCUUUCUUUCUAUUUUUGUCAUCUUCUUUACAUUCUUCUUUUCUUUCUCUUUCAUCUUUCCGUUUUUCUUUCUUUCUUUUUUCUUUCUUUGCAUUUUUGUUUUCUAUUUUUCUGUUCCAUUGUUUCUAUUUUGUUUCUUUGUUUCUUUCUUUCUUUCUCGUUUCUGUCUCUUUCUUUUUCUUAUUUUCUUUCUUUCUAUUUUUGUCUCUUUCUUUCUUUUGUCCCUCUUCUUUUUUCUUUCUUUCUUUGUAUUUUUCUUUCCUAUGAAAAAAUUCCUUUGUUAUUUUCUUUCUUUCUUUUUUCUUUUUCAUUCUUUCUUUUCUAUUUUUUUCCUUUUCUUUUAAUUCUUCUUUUCUUUUGA